AUGGAGCUUCUGAAGUGUGGGAAGGGUUCUCAUGGAACGUGGAAGAAGCUGCCCAAAAUUGAGAACAUGCCAAACAUUAACAUUAAUAACGCUGUGACCUCUCCAAAUGUAAACUAUAUUCGCAGGAAAGUGCAUGGAGACUGGAUUACUCAGCUGAACUACUAUGAUUCCAUCAAAGCCGUCAUUUCAAGCUCCAACCAUGAGCCUACUGCUCUAGUAAUAGAACCACUAUUAAGUGUCUCUAGAGGUCUAGACAAAAGGAACCUGCUGCUGACAGGUGGAAUGGACCGAAUCAUUCGAGUCUGGAAUCCUUAUCUGCCAGGAAAACCAACAGGUAUGCUGAAAAGCCACAUGGCUCCAGUGGUCUACAUCCAUGUAUCCGCUGAGGAUAGCAAAAUAUUUUCCAUGUCUACCGACAACACUAUUAAGAUCUGGGACCUAGAGACUGAUAGCUGCUUGUUGACCACCUCCUCCAAAGCCAGCAGUAUUAAGGGGGAUUUCGCAGCCUGCCUCUAUCUCCCCCUCUCCAGGGCCCUGUGUGUGGCCACAGACACAGUUGUACUCCUACACCUGAGACUGAGAUCUCCCCCGGAGCCUUACCUAGCGGUCUGCCACCAAGAACCCAUGCUGUGCUGCCGCUACAAUCCAGCCUUCAGGCAGGUGGUCAGCUGUUCUGAAGCAUCUGUGGUAAAAGUGUGGGACUUUGAAACAGGAAAGCUGUUGUCCUGAUUUACUGGGGCUCAUGGCAAUGCGAUCCCAUGUCUGACCUUUGACUCCAGUGGAAGAAGGCUAAUCACUGGGGCCAGAGACGGCUGUCUGAAGAUAUGGAGCUACAACAAUGGACGUUGUCUGCACACACUGAAACAUGAUGAAAAGCAAAGUGAAGUUUGUGAUUGUACCUACUUGGAGGUGAACCAAAAUAAGUGUAUCAUAGCUGUUGGAUGGGACAAAAGAAUAAAUGUGUACUUUGAUGCACCAUGUGACUUUCAUCACUUCUGGAAGCCUCAGCCACACUGGCAGGAUGACCUGAAACAUGGGCACAGGGAAGACAUCCUCUGUGUGGCUCAAUACCCACCUUUUCUUCUUGCUACCUCCCGUUAUGAUGGGGAGAUCAUCAUUUGGAAUGUCAUCCCAGGCCACAUGUACUGUAAGCUGAAUACUCCCAGCCCCUCCGAUGGUGCAGAAGACAGAAAAUGCCCAGACCGGAGUGUUUCCUGCCUCGCCUUCCUGAAGACACGGGCUGCCAAGUUUGAAUCAGCUGCCGCUUCCCUAAUCACCAAUGGGCCCGAAGGUUCUGUCACUUUCUGGAAGCUGUUCAGUGGAGCCUGUCCCAUUGCAAACUUCAUUCCUUCCAAGGACAAAGCGCAGGUCAGCAGCAUUGCAGUGACAGCAGGAGAUGUCCUUGUCUAUGUGGCUAACCAGAAAGGCUUUGUGCACGUCUACGACAUCAAAGAGUAUGGCCUGCAGGGACCCGAGCUGCAAUUCCCCAAGAAUGUGAUGGUCUGGCGGGCCCAUGUCAGUGUGGUGACAUCUUUGGAGCUGGUAGAAGAAAAGUUUCUAUUGUCAUCCUCCCUUGACCGCACUGUGUGCCUGUGGAGCAGGAAUGGGGGAGUACAUAGGCAGAUCAGCAUGGAGUACAAACUGCAGCGUGAAAGAGUCAAGUAA